AUGAGCUCGGUUUCUUCGUAUGAAGGCAGUGAUAAGGAUUCUUUCUUUCAAAGAAGCUUUAUUGAAGGUUCUAGUGCAAGACAUUCGUAUCUUCGCAAAACUGACUUAUUAGAUACAUUGGACACCAGUCGUCUUCGUGAUACAGACACUUGGAGUGUGGCAGCGACUAUUGAUGAUCAAGAAUCAGUAAUUAGUGCCCAUGGAGGAGGUCCGCCUUCUAUUAUCAGCAGUAGCCGCAUGACUAUGGACAGAGAAACAGAUGAUGAUCGCUCUACUUUGGAUGGAGAAGCUUCUAUUCGAGACCAUUUGCACGAUAUCCAUCUCUCUGAACGUGACUUGGUAGAAAAGACACACUUGUUACGUGGAGGAGGCAUGGGAAACGAUGAAGAUGACGACAAGCGUUCUCGGUCUAAUGCUGCAGAAUUUGGUGAUGAUGGGGCUCGUUCUGCUACAGGCGACUUUGAAAACAGCGUAGCCAGUGAUGAUGAGGAUGAGCGUAUAGUCGACGAUCAAAUCAUGGCACCACCUCAACCACAACCUAGCUUUGCAUCUGUGAACAAAUCGUACGCUGAACUGAUGGAGGAGAAUGAGAUACUGCAAUCUCAGUUGCGCAAUGCACAGCUCGCACAAAAGCACCAAGAAGAGAUGAUCAGCAAUCUAAGAAACCUGACUGGCUGUGAUGAUGAGCUGUUUGGCAAGGCACUGAAUCUAUCUCAAAUCAAAGAGCCAGCUGCAUCAGCAGUGAUUGAAAAGUCAAAAAAGGAUACCAAUUACUUUGGUGGCGGAUCACCCUCUAUGAACCCAGUGCAGCCCAUUGUCAAUGCUCGUACGUUGACCCAGAAAUUGGCCCGAUUGGCAGAGACAUUAACACGAUUUGUUCAGUCUACUGUGGAUGAAGAAUAUCGAUUACAACUUGAGCAAGCCUUAUUUUUACAAAUCACACAGUCUUACUUAAAUUCACUUCCAUUCGGUACAGAAAACCAGCACCUGUUAAACACAGCCUAUUCUGAUCAGAUUCGACGAUUUCACAGUACGUUGGGAGCCUACUUUGCAAAAUGGUAUAGAAGACAGACUGUGCAAUCAUUGUCACUGAAUCCUGCCACAAAAGAAUACCUUGCAGACAUGCGAAAUGGGUUGACUGCAGAGAUGAUGAGAUUACUGAGUACAAUGCCCAAAACUUCAGGCCGAUCUUUGGAUCAUAUGCAUAUUUGGGACGACAUUCUGGAGAUGUGUGCUGCUUUAUCGCUUGAAAUCCAUGGUGGGGAUGCUGAUGUUACUGCUCAGUCGAUUGCUGUAGGCAGUAGCUACGAUGAUCAAGUCAUGGCUUUGGUUGGUCCCAAUACCACAACUCAGGGUAAACACGUUAAGAUGGUUAUCAGUCCAUUGUUUGUAGAUGAAGAACAGGUCGUCUUAUUGCCUGCAAGAGUCACUCUUGAAUAA